AUGGUCCAGAAUCGGAAUAUCGAAGCAUAUACAAUUCAUCCGGGCGGUGUGAUGACCGAUAUUUUCAAGGGAAGCCCUAUGGUCUCGUGGUUCCUUGAGUCGAUUGUCUGGAGAUUUGCCUCCUAUUUUAUGCUUUCACCAAAGCAAGGGUCUCUUACGGCCCUUCAAGUCGCGCUUGCGCCAUCAGGAAAAUUCCCCAAAGGCUCCUUUAUAGCCGAUCUUGAUCAGGUUUACAACGCAAAUCCUCUGGCCGCCAGCGAGGUCGAAGGGUUCGUAAGAUUCACCUCCGAAUUUCUUAAAAAGUAA